AUUUUGUGGAAAUUUGUUUGCUUCACUGAAUUUAUAAAAUUUCUUUGGUAAGCAAAGUAGGUUUUCCAAAUUGUCGUCUUCGAAAUACUCAACGACUUUGAAAAAAGAGGUUGUAUUGAUUUUCUCAGCAGAGGAAUCCAAAUAAGGCAUUGGAUUAUUGGAUUAAGGUGGAAUUGGCAUGGCUCUAAAAUGCAAUUCCGGCCCAUUAUUUGUUAUCAUUAUCCAUUAUGAGUGGCACGCCUGCACUCAGAGCCAAAGGUACAAACUUAGUCACUUUUUUUUGUGAGCUUCUGCAUUGAAGAGACGAGGUACAAACUUUGAUGGAUCCAGCCACAAUGCCCAGUUGAUUCAAGUACACAGUUUAGAACUGAAUCUUUGGGUGACAAAGUAGUUUGUGGACACCAUGUCCUUCAAUAUGCAUGUUCCUCGUGGGCAGACCUGUGAAUUGAAGGUGACAGUAACCAUCUUAGCAUUGCUGUUCAUAAAAGUCUUGUCGGCUCCUCAAAGUGAUGUGGUGGAUAGUCUUCCAGGACAACCACCUGUGCCCUUCAAACAAUAUGCAGGAUAUGUCACAGUAGACCAAAGAAGUGACAGGGCCCUGUUCUAUUACUUUGUUGAAGCAGAGACAGAACCAGAUUUGAAGCCUUUAGUUCUUUGGCUCAAUGGAGGGCCAGGUUGUUCAUCAUUCGGUAUUGGGGCAUUUUCUGAGAAUGGCCCAUUUCAACCCAAGGGAGACAAAUUGGUCAGAAAUGGCUACAGUUGGAACAAAGAAGCAAAUGUUCUGUAUUUGGAGAGUCCUGCAGGAGUUGGAUUUUCUUAUUCUAGUGAUCCAACUUACUAUGUGGGUGUGAAUGACACUCUAACAGCCAAUGACAACCUGCGUUUUCUUCUGGGAUGGUUUAAAAAGUUCCCAGAGUUCAAAACCAGAGAGCUUUAUUUGACAGGGGAAAGCUAUGCAGGGCACUAUAUUCCCCAGUUGGCAGAUCUUAUUGUCAGGACCAACAGAAAACAGAAGGUCUUCAAUUUGAAGGGUGUAGCUAUAGGCAACCCAUUACUAGAUUUCUACACAGAUUCGAAUGCAAGAGCGGAAUACUUCUGGUCACACGGUCUCAUAUCUGACCCCACCUACAAAAUGCUGAUUAAAGACUGCAACUACGCUCGCUUUAUCGAUGAAUAUUUCAGAGGCAACAUUUCUAACACCUGUCUGGAGAUCCAAACAAUCGUCGACAUGGAAGUCAGUCGAUACAUCGACAUCUACGAUGUGACUCUCGACAAAUGUUUCCCCUCCCUCUUCAUGCAGUCCAAAUUGCUCAGACCUCAGAAGAACAGGCCCACAAUAGAAACCGAAAGAGCAGAGCCAGACGUUUGUGUUGAAGACGAAGCUACAACAUAUCUGAAUAGGCCGGAAGUACAGAAGGCAUUCCAUGCGCGCCUCACCGGAGGCAUCAGUAGCUGGAGGGAAUGCAGCGAUGUGCUCAAAUACGAUUUUCGGAAUUUUGAGAUACCUAUCACAGGGUUGCUGGGUAAACUUGUAACUGCUGGUAUAAGAGUAUUAAUUUAUAGUGGAGAUCAGGAUUCAGUGGUUCCUCUAACAGGGACAAGGACAUUGAUAACCAGUCUUGCUUCAGAUAUGCAGCUGAACACAACGGUUCCUUACAGUGUCUGGUUUGAAGGGAAGCAGGUGGCAGGAUGGACACAGGUAUACAGCAACAUUCUGACAUUUGCAACAGUGAGAGGAGCAGCUCAUGAAGUUCCCUUCUCUCAGCCAGAGAGAUCCCUCGUCUUGUUGAAGGCCUUCUUCUCUGCCCAACCUCUGCCCAACAAAUUCUAAGCUAUUGUUUCAGACUGCAAAGAGCAUCACAUCGAAAGAAGUAUGAGACAGAUUUGAUCCUUUUUGGGCACUACUACUGAGUUCAGAUAUUCUUUCUUUUUUUAAUUGAAUCAAUGUAAAAGAAAUGAUAUAAAGAAAGAGGCAGUGAAUAAAAUGUCAGAACUGAAAAUAAAAGACUGUCAAAACAGCAUUACAAUAAUAGAAAGCUCAAAGCAUAUCUGAAGAUUACAAUCUAAAUUUAAACAGA